UGAAGCAAAACCCCUCGAAUCCUUGAACAGAGAGCAGGGUUUAAGGUGAGGUGAGAGAGAUGAGCGGUGCAGGAGCACCGGACUUCUUCUACAGAGAGGCUCAACGCCUUGGCUACGUUGCUCGCUCUGCUUUUAAGCUCCUUCAAAUACAAAAGCAACACAAGCUCAUCAAACCAGGCUCUUCAGUUCUUGAUCUCGGCUGCGCCCCGGGUGCUUGGCUUCAGGUAGCUUGCCAGAGCUUGGGACCACUAAAAAAUGGUGGGACUGUUGUGGGCAUUGAUAUUAAGAAGGUGAAGGUUCCUUCUCUUCACUGUGAUGCAAGGGUUCAAACUUUUUCAGCAGAUGUAUUGAAUCUGCCCAAAACUCAAGUUAGGGCGCUCUCCCCUAAGCAAAAAGGGUUUUCUGUGAUACUCUCAGAUAUGUGUCCCUCAGUUUCUGGAAUUACUACUAAAGAUGCAGCUUUAUCUGCUGAGUUAGGGAUGCGAGCACUUGAUUUGGCUGUUGGUCGGGCUGCCUCAGCUCAUCCAGUUGAUGAUCGAGGGGAGGAACAUCCAAAUGAUUUAAAUUCUGAUCCAGAUGAAAAUGGUGUAUUGAAACCAGGUGGACACCUUGUCAUUAAGCUUCUAGAGAGUGAGGAUGUUAAAGAAUUUAACCAGAUUUGCAAACCACUCUUCAGAAAGGCAUCAUGGUUGCGACCUAAAGCUACAAGAUCAUCAUCCAGAGAGAUUUAUUUAAUUUGCCAAGGUUUACAGUCAUAGGGUAGAUUCAGCAAUUGAAGUGAGCAACAUGCACCUGGCAAUGCGAAAAUGAAUAGGCCAUAUUAUCGGAAAAAAAAGAUGAGUACUUUCCGCUGUAUUCAGUCAUUGUAAUAUUUGUUGCAUUAUAAAAACAUUCGAAGCAGGCAUAUGUUAUAGAAUAUGUUAAGUUGUAGAA